CACCAUCGGCCAUGCCCGACAAGUCGGCUGCGCCAGAUGCGCAGCCUUUAUUUGGAGUCCUCGCCAACGUCGUGGAAACCCACGGCAAGCAUCUCCUGCCUCGACCCAGCACGCCCGUCCAUAGCGCCAACGCGCAGUUCGACGCCGUGUUCUACGAGGCCCUCUGCCACCGUCUGCGUUGGCUGCAGGAAGUCUUCCCCCUCCGCGAACGCAUCUAUGCCGCUCACGCCGCGAAUUCCCGCCCGGGUCACACGCCUCCGACACUGCGCGCACAACACCAGAGUGCCGCGCAUAAUACCAUCCGCGAUUUCAUCCAACACAUGUCGCCGCCAACUCCAGGCACUCCGGUAGCCUCCCCCACACGCGUUAUGAGUCCGCCGCGGACGCCGACACCGUGUUCGACCGUCCUUGCGACUCCGCCGGGUGUCGCUGCGCCGCUACGAGCAUUGCCACGACGAUCUGAGACACGACCGUCAUACAUUGCGAAAAAGCGGAAGCUGGAGAGCGAGGAUCGAACCGUGGGUCCCGUGCCAAAGCAGCGGCAUUCGCAACAUAUAGGGAAAGCUAUAGAGGCUAAAGAAGCCUUAGGCUACCUAUAAGAAUAUAGUAUAACGUACCUCUUGCGAGAAUAAAAUCUCUAAAAAUAAGCUUAAACUAUUUAAAAUAUAAUAACC